AUGUCCACCGAAGUUCACAACAACGGCGCCCUCGAGAAGGACGUCGGUACUGUCCCCGCGGGUACCGCCGCUACGGAUCAUCACCAGGGUGCUCCUAUCCAUCCGCAAAUGUCUGCGGAGGAGCACGAGGUCGCCCGCGCUGCUGCCCGAUUCGGUUACGGACCCCUGGCCCACGUUAAUGCCGAGGAUGCCCGUCUGCGUCCCUUUGGCGGAGAAUUCCAGCCUGGUCUGUACAAGCCCGUCGAGAACCGCAAGUUCGCCAACCCUGCUCCUCUCGGCCUGUGCGCUUUCGCGCUCACUACUUUUGUGUUGAGUGCCAUCAACAUGUACACUCGCGGUCUCGGCAAGCCCAACAUUGUUGUCUCUCUUGCUUUCGGCUAUGGUGGUCUGGUCCAGCUGCUGGCUGGCAUGUGGGAAAUGGCUGUCGGCAACACCUUUGGUGCUACUGCACUCUCCUCGUACGGUGGUUUCUGGCUCGCUUUCGCCAUUGUCUUGACUCCCGGUGGGUUCGAUAUUGUCAAUUCACUUGUGGUCAAGGACGCCGCCGGAAAUGUAGACGAGUCCGCCUUCUUCGACUCCAUGGGCCUCUUCUUGAUGGGAUGGUUCAUCUUCACCACCAUCUUGCUUAUCUGUACCCUGCGAUCCACCGUUGCCUUUUUCUUGCUGUUCUUCUUCCUGGACAUGACCUUCCUGUUGCUUGGAAUCUCAUACCUGGUUCGCCCCGGUGGACAACAGUACGUCGCCGUUCAAAAGGCUGGCGGUUUCUUCGGGUUCCUUGCUGCCUUUGCUGCUUGGUACAACGCUCUCGCCGGUCUGGCCGAUAACAGCAACAGCUUCUUCAUCGUUCCUGUUGCUCACUUCCCAUGGUCUCCCACCGGUCGUAGCCGCCGCUCCAAGACCCAGCGUGAACUUGCUUAA